AAAAAAUAGUGUUGAAAAAAUGAUGAAGUGGAAAGGUGGUUGUGGAAGAAAUAAAAAAGGUUGAUGAUGAAAGACAUCCUUGUCAAAAGCCAACCACACUGAGACAAGGACUCUGUGAUAUAAACUUUGAUCCAUGAAUCCAUCAACAACACCACCCACCUGAAAUCCAACACACUCGACUGUGUUUACAUGGACGAUCACCCAAACUCAACUCCAAAAAACACCAUUGGCCUCUGUCUUCUCCCACAAGAACUCAUCCAAACCAUCUUCCUUUCACUCGUGCUACCCGAAAUCGUUCGUUUAAAGCUCGUCAACAAAUCCUUCUCCCGAAUCAUCUCCGACCACACCUUCGUUCGCCAGUGCAACACUCUAUCCACUUCCACCACCUGGCUCUUCGUCUACAAAAAGCGCUGGCUCCGUGACGCCGUCCUCCACGCCUUCACCGAUCGGAGCUCCGAUCGCUGGUUCCGGAUCCCCAUCGCCGACCUUCUCAAACCGGUUCACUUCCACGGGGAGGACCUCUACUUUCUCGCCGCCUCCAACAACAUCUUCCUCUUCGCCUCCAACACCGUUCGCGAGGUCGUCGCUGUUAAUUUAGUCUCCGUCACCGUUAAGAAGAUCCCCCCUUCCCCGUUGGGUCCACGUGGCACCUCCUCGUGGAGGCGAUCCGGUAUGAAGCUCGUAACCGAACCGUCCGGGUCGGGUCACUUUCGUUUCAUGUUCGCGGAGUUCGUCGGGAACCACCCCGUUCUGUUUGUGUACGACUCCAGGACUGACACGUGGAAGUCAACGGAGGCAGUGGAGAGUGGCGCGAGUGAAUUUUCGCCACGUGGCGGGGGUCACUUUUUUCUGAACGUGGUUCACAGGCCCAGAGAGAGCGUUUUGGUUGCGUCAACAGCGGAGUGCGAUGCGGCGGUGGUUCUGCGGCCGAGAUUUAACUACGGGAGGGGUGUGGGCGGUAAUUUGACGGUUGGAUUCAGCUGGGGGAACGUGAUUGACCGGUUGCACGUAUACGGUGAUGGGUAUAUGAUGAUCGUGAAAUCGGAGGGUGCGAGGGUAAUCGGAGAGGGUGGGGUGAGUAGAAGCGUGAGGGUUUUGAAGGGUGUGGAACUGUGGGGUCUUAGCUUGGAAGGAAGAAAGUGGGAGUUUUUGUCUAUGGUUGGCGGCGUGAUUGAGAAGCCUUAUGCGGCGAUGAUGGGGUGUUUGGAAGAGAAAAAUGGGGUGGUGACGGCGGCGUUGGUGUGUAAUUGCGAGGGAGUUUGGGAUAUGACGUGGCUAUGUUUUGAUGCGAAAUGGAAGCAGUGGAGAUGGAUGGCACUCCCUGAUUGCAAAAUGAAGGGUUGGAACAUGGCCGGAAUAAGCUUCUCUUCUGGACUUACCUUGCCAUGAAUCAACAAUCAUCAAACAUUUUAUGUUACUUAUUUAUUUAUCAAUCACUUCUUUUCGCUUUC